UAUGUCACCACCUGUUGUCGAAGAGCUACGUUCAGAAGUUUGUUCGCAUACUAAGGUUAGAUUUAGAUCUACACAAUAGGGCUAAUUUUAAGCUCCAUCGUUUAGAAAUGGGGACUUACCACAACCCCUUUCAACUACUUUGUAUAUUUUUUAACUUUGCUGUGGCCAUCUUGACAACACUGGUGGUCUUCUCCUCUAUCGCUUGGCAGUAUGGAUUUCAAGAAGCGCUUCCGAACUUGCUGACCCAGAGUCUUCAGGACGUGGCCGACGCAAGGCCCAGCUCCAUCUCUCCGCAGCCGUGGGCCCACAACAUAUGGGCCGCGCUCACCCUGUGGCACGUGCUGUGGGCAUUGUACGGGCUGGUGAAUGUGUUCAGGAAAACAGCUGGCGUGCCCGUGUACACUAGUCCAGUGUUAUUGAACAACAUUGCGCUGGUGACCUACAUAUUUUCAUGCGGUUUCACUAUUGCCUGGUUCAUUCUAUACGAUAGACUCUACACUUCGGUGUCAUGCUUAUUUAUUGCAAUGACCUGCAUACUCACCUGGGUAGCUUACGGCGCCUGCGCUUACGCCUUAAACUACAACCUGUACCGGCUACAGAAAUCAGAGAGAGAAUCUGAACUCUGGUGGACUCGACUUUUAGUUCAUAACGGCAUUGCAGCAAUGGGGACUUGGAGCUACUUUGUUUUUGCCUUCAACCUGGCCCUGGCCCUAGUCCACAAUCCAGACAUCCAGCUCAAAGACGAAAUCGCCAGCAUUAUAAGCUUGUCAAUAAUAGGAUUAUAUCAAGUGCUUCUGUUAAUCCUGAACAUAACUUGCUUCGAUAGACAGACACGGUCUACCAUGGCGCCCUACAUCCUCAACAUCAUCAUACUCAGCGCUGUGCUGUUCCGGAUGGAAUUGUGGUCAACGCAGGACAACAAGUUUGUUUUGGCAGCCGUCCUCCUGGCCUUCGCCUUCCUCUCUCUUAUGGUCAAGUGUGUCUUCGUGGCCUUCCGACUGCUCAAGGGCAGCAGUGGCGGAGGGGAGAUCACCUCGGAAUAUCACCAUUCCACUAAAGCUACAGAAGCACACUACUUACUGAAGUAAAAAAUUAUACCACAGUUACUUCCCUUUUUAUAAACCUGAACUCAUUUUUUUUAUAACUCGCCAUUUUGCAUAAAUUAACUAUUGUGUGCAUUUUCUAAUUUAUUUAAGGUAUGAAAUAUUUCGUACAUGUAAACUAACUAAACUAUUCAAUAAAAAAAAUAUGCUAUAAGUAUAAAGAAAAAUAGAAUAUUAGAUCUAUCUGCACUUUUAUCUUUAGCGAAAAAAAAAGUUUUUAAAUUCAAUAGUAUAAACAUGUGCUCAUCCUAUUUAAACUGGAAAAAUCAAAGCAAUUUUACAUGUCACAAUGAUAAUUUGCAUAGGGCAACUACACAGCUGAUUGAUCUGUAAUUGUACAUAUGAAAUGUUCACGAAAAGGACAGUUAUAAGAUAAUUUGUCAAGAGUCAACUAGGAAAAGCAACUCACUUGAAUCAAUCAUAUGGAAUUCCAGAUCUGGUCUCUUGUGAAUAAAGAAAGCCUCUGUAAAGUAGAUUAGUUAAGAAGAAUCGGUAGUUGAAAUAUAAAUAGGCUUUGGUUCUGGAGGUCUAUGGUUACAGUUAAACUUCGGAAGAUCCCUAUGUGGCAUGCAGAGAUUCGUUGUAUUGUGUCAGCUUGUAAGAAAAACAGUAUUAAAUUAUAGAGUCACUUAGAAGCAACUUAAAAAUGCCAAAACGAAUCUUACUUUACCAUCAACUCAAGAAUCAUACUUCACCAAUUGACAUUACAACAUCACUACAAAAUAUGGUGGGUUUUAUGAACGGUAUUGUAUUCACUAAUAUGACUAACUAAUACUAAUUAUAUCAUAUAGUAGAGUAGUACAUUUAAAAACAACUAAAACACAAUUAUGAUUAUAAUAAUUGCAAGUCGUGUGAAUUUAGCAUAACUGUACAAUUUGAUACUAAUAUAUUAGAAAUAUUUCAGCUGUAAUUUAUACGAAUGAAAAAACUAACUAAAAUGACAAUUUGGUUCUGAAGAUAUGCUUGCUAUUACUAAAAUCCUAAUAAUCUGUUCCAAUAUCGUCUUACAUAGGCGGGCUUUGAGGUUGACAAACAAGAGAGAUAUCCCAGGGUCCCGUGCCAACGGGAACAAUGCAUUAUGGGGAUUGUUUUUGUCAUUUCAUCAUACAAAUAAGCGCGGUGUCUGAAACGUAUUCUUUUGUAACUAACUCCUGAUAGACAGACAUACAGUCUGGUGGAUUUUUACGCCAAAAGCUUUUCUUAACAGGAAAUCCUUACUCAAUAUCCAUGAAACCAUUUUGGCGUCAACCACAUUGAAAACUGUUUGCCUCAUAUUUAGGGUUAUAUUUAAGGUUAUUUCCCCUUCACUUUGACACUCGCCCAGGGCCCCGCGUACUGCCAAGACCGUCUCUGCAUUUUCAGAUUUGUAGGACGAUGUAUUUGAAAUUUAAAAUUAUGUAAUUGUUUAUUUUUUCUUUAUAUGAACGUACAAACGGGAACUCAGUGUAUUUCUAUUGCGUUUGUUAACCUAAGCUUCGUACGUCUCAGUCUGAUGUAAAUAUGCCAUACAAGUGCAUAGUAUGUUUGAACAUCUUCCAACACCAGAUAACUGAUUUGAUGAUUUUUUCUAAUUCUAAUUACAUUGUACUCUAAUGCAAUAUUAUGUGAUUUUUUUUAGUGAUUUUUUUUUAAACAAACAUUGGAUAUUGUGGUAUACAUUUAUGUAUUUUUUAAUUUAUCUUUUUUCUUCUCUAAUUUUCUACGUGUAAAUGUUCAUUUCAAAACUAAAUAUAUCAUUCAAACACAUGAACAA